AUGGCCAGUCAAAAACUAUUACGGAAUGAAAUCAUGUACAUCAGAAGGAAACUGGCUAACAUUGACAAUGACCUAACUGAAGUAAAAAACAAACUGAACACGGAACUUGAACAAGACACCCUAUCAAGAUUAACAAAUAUGGUCGAAAAACAACAAACUAAAGUGUACAUAAAAAGGGAAAACAAACAAGUAGAAAAAUUUAAAAGGCUUGAAGGGAAAAUCCAGAAUAAAGAAAAGCCAAACCACAACUCCAACAAGAAAACUGCAGUUGUCAAUUUAACUGACAAGGAAUUGACUAAUAAUGAACUAAUUAUUCUGGAAAAAGGUUUUAAUUUUUCGUUAGUUCCAAAGAAAAUCCCAAAGGAGGAUAUUAUAAGCAGUAUAGAAAACUCGCUAUACCAACUUGAAGACCAUGAGAAAGAAAUCAUCAGGCAAGAAAGUUGCAAAAUUCUAAGAGAAGCAAUCUUACCGAAACAAAACUACAACAAAGAUGAGUUAACUGCACUCAAAAAUUUAAGGAACGACAACAAUGUCAUAAUACUUAGAGCAGAUAAAGGGAACGCAACAGUAAACAUGAAAACCACAGGAAGAAGGACCGUAUAA